AUGUCAGACGUGCACGAUACAGAUGUGCCAGAAUGCCCAAAUGGGGUCUUCAAUUUCCCCUCAGGCUCAACGCGGGUCGUCGAUGCAGAUGAAGAGAUCAUGGAGCUCUAUAUGACACUAAGCACGAUCACGUCUACCUCCGAGGACCUUGGUGAAAGUACAGGCGGACUAGGCUAUCUCGACGCAACGCAGAGUAUACUGCAGCUCGAUCUGGAGCUCGUACCGCCAAUGAAAGGUGCGGUCCCCAAAGCGGCAAAGGGCCGGUCUAGGCGCACCAACGGGGCCGCUACAUCCAGGGAGGAGGCGAUGGUGGUAUCGGUACAAUUGCAGCAGGACCUACACACUCUCAAAACAAGCAAGGGGGACACCGGCAGUGUCUUAUGGCGAAGCAGUCUCCAUCUCGCCCGUCACAUUCUCACCCAGCACACCUUCCCCACUCCCUCCGUCAUCCCACUCCUCUCACCAGACAAGCUCAAAUCUGCGCGUAUCCUCGAGCUCGGCUCGGGGACUGGUCUCCUCGGCGUUCUCCUCUCGCCUCUCUGCUCAUCCUACGUCGCGAGUGACCGGUUCGAGAACCUACGGCUCAUCCAGCGCAAUAUCGAACUCAACGGGCUGGGAGAUUCCAAGUCGGGUCAGUCUGGGCGCGCUGGUGCCAGUAAGGCUGCCAGGGGCGCUGUCACUGCCGCUGAGAGCGCUCUCGAAGUCAGGGAGGUGGAUUGGGUAGAGGCUUCGGGAGCGCGGCGGAAGCGGGAAGCGAGCGGCAAGGUUGCUCAGGACAGCGAGUCAGACGGCGAAGAGCCGUUCGAUCUGAUCCUGGCGGUCGAUUGUAUCUUCAACGAGUCGCUGGUCCAGCCUCUGGUGGAUACUUUCGCGCGCUACUGCUCAGAGGGGGGCCGAACGAUGGUCUGGGUGGUCAUCGAGCUCCGGAGCUCGGACGUGCUGACGCUCUUCAUGGACACUUGGCUGAACGACCCGGCUGGUCCAUGGACUAUCAUACGUCUGAGCGAGGAGGCUAUGGGGAUGUGGGACGGCGGGGCAAAGGGGGCGUCCGCGGACAAGUCCCUCAACGGGGAUGCGGCCGUCAGACCCUUGGUGUGUGUGUGGAUCCACGACGGCUCUGCCAUGUCGGACGGGACCGGUUGGGAGCUCGGCGGUGGGGAUGGUCUUUUUCUGGAGCAAUUCGCCAUUAUGGGCGCAGAAGUCAGCACCGCUGGCGCCUGGGUCGCGCAGGGGGGUGGUGCGCAGGAGGCGAUCGUUCUGCUUCUGGAGUGGCUGGGCGAUGAACAUGAGUCCUUUCACGACCCCUAUACCCUCGACAUGUCCCAGGAACCACCGAACAUCAUGCAGAGCGGGAACUCGCCCCCUCAGGAGUUCACCGACAACGACCUCAUUCCUCCCUUCAAUCUCAUCCGCGAGAGUCUUCCCAUCAUCACCGGCUCAAUUCACCUUCACUGGCUUGGGUCUACUUACCCGCCUCUCCCUUCCCACACCUCUCCUACGACAACCUCGGCGCCUUCACACCCGACAAUCACCCUACACUCUGCCCCCCCCCACUACCUCCCCGGCUUCCCCGGCCCGGUCCACAUGAUCCCUGGCGCGGUCGACCGUGUCGACUUCGGAUCAGAUGACCUUUAUGCCCUGCACUAUCCGACCGGUGGCGAGACUUCACGGAUCGCCUUGUGGUCGAUCUUCCUCCGUGCUCUCGGUAUCCACGUCACGGAUCUCGGUUCAACCUUCGCCGAUUCUGCCCAGGCGGAGGUGGAUCAGGCUCUCGCGGAUUUCGCAGCUACCCUGCCCAUGGAGCGGCUCCCGUUCCCCACUCCGGCCGAGAAAGGCGUCGUCGGGGAAGCGGACCUGGAUAUCUUCCGGACUGUGUCCACGCCGAGCAGACAUGCCGACCUUCACUCGGACUCGGCUAUCAUCUUCUCCGGACCAGGUAUCGGCAAUUUACACCGCACAUACCCUCCUUCUCCCCGCGAAAUGCUCUGGUUACUUCGGUACCUGCAGGACCGCGGUUUCACAUGCCAGCUCGAGGCCAACUUCGGCCCCCUCUCUCAUGACGUCAUCCUUCCCCUGGGUGCAAGCCCCUUCCCCUCCGACUUCACGCCUCACGGAUUCGAAAAACCCCGGCGGUGGUCCGGCGUCAACUCUUCCGAGUGGGGGACAAGGCAACCGACCGUCCAGAGGAAGUAA